AUGUCCGGUCGUGCCGUUUCGAAUUCUCAACAUGCCCAGCAGUCCUUCGGUUCCGGCCCUCAACUCUAUCGCGACGUCGCUGAAUUGCACGCUGUGCCAUCUCCCUCUCACGGCGCCUUAAUGGAUCCCUCACAUUUCGACGAUUUCGCGUUUGCUUACCAAGGUCUUCCUGACCAACCUUCUCUCGUUUCUCUGGCCGAUCACGCCCACGCCUCACAAUCACCCACUGCAUUUCCUCAGCACCAGGCAAUGUCUGGUCUUGCACAUAACGGUUUGCCAUUUGGCACCCUCCCUGCAGGCAACCGAAGCCAGAGUAUGGAUGGCUCCGAAGCUCCUCCAGAUAGGACAUCUCCCGCAUCCAAUGCCCUCGAAGACUCGACUACUGAUGAGUUUGGAUUGGCUUCCCGUAGUCGUGCAGAUGCCACGGAUCUAGGCGGUAAACCUAAGGAGGAUAAAGCCGAUGCCACACCGGCGUGGAGUGAGCUUAAGACAAAAGCCGGUAAAGAAAGAAAACGCCUCCCGCUUGCGUGCAUUGCAUGCCGCCGAAAGAAGAUCCGCUGCUCAGGCGAGAAGCCCGCCUGCAAGCAUUGUUUACGCUCACGUAUACCCUGUGUGUAUAAAGUCACCACUCGGAAGGCGGCGCCACGGACAGAUUACAUGGCCAUGCUCGAUAAGCGGUUGAAGCGUAUGGAAGAACGCAUCAUCAAGGUCAUUCCCAAGUCCGAUCAGGAAAUAGCUUCGUCUGUAACUCGGGCCGUUGUUAAACCAGCGAUACCAGGGACCGUACCUUCAAAUAAACCAACCAAAAAGCGUGGCGCCGAGGAAGCUUUUGGACCUGACCUAGAAGCAUGGGCCAAGGCACCUUCGAAGCCUAAGAUCGAUGGCGAUGAUAGGCCCAGUAGCCUGCAAGUACAGGAAGCCGAGGAGAACAAGCUUCAGCAUGAAGGCACCGAGGCACUCCCCUCCAAAGAAAUUCAGGAGCAUCUGGCAGAGGUGUUUUUCGACAACAUCUAUGGUCAAUCUUACCAUCUUCUUCACAAACCGAGCUAUAUGCGAAAGCUAAAAAAUGGGACGCUGCCUCCAGUGCUUGUCCUCACAGUGUGCGCUGUAGCUGCUCGUUUCACUUCGAGCCCUCUAGUAAAUUCUUCAGGACCUGAGUUCCUACGCGGCGAAGAAUGGGCGUCGCACGCUCGAGAUAUCUGUACCAGGCGAUACGAAUGGCCAAACCUCACGAUCUUGACCUGUCUCCUCAUUUUGGGCCUUCACGAAUUUGGAACAUGCCAGGGUGGCCGUAGUUGGGCCUUGGGCGGUCAAGCUAUUCGCAUGGCUUUCGCCCUUCAGCUGCAUAAAGACCUCGAGUAUGACCCCUCCGGUCGUACUGGUCCCAAAAAACAGCUUAGCUUCAUCGACCGAGAGAUUCGGCGACGUAUAAUGUGGGCUUGCUUUCUCAUGGAUCGUUUCAACUCUUCCGGGACAGAUCGGCCCAUGUUCAUUAGAGAGGAUACGAUCCAGAUUCCAUUGCCAGUGAAGGAGAAAUACUUCCAGUUCGAUAUGCCUGCUCCAACCGAGAUGCUGGACGGUCAAGUUCCUCACCCAGCAUCGCCCAAUGAUGGGCAACUUGCUGAUGCACGAGAGAACAUGGGAGUUGCAGCCUUUCUGAUCCGAGCCAUCGCCUUGUGGGGACGGAUCAUUACCUACCUUAGCCAAGGGGGAAAAGAUCUAGACCCGAACCCCAUGUGGGAGGACGAAUCCCAAUAUGUAAAGCAUCUCAACGAUGUCGUGAAUCUUGAAGCCAGUUUACCUUCGUCACUCAAGUACUCUGCCGAGAACCUCGACGUCCACAAGACAGAGAACACGGCAAGUCAAUUUCUUUUCAUGCAUAUCUGCCUGCAGCAUAACAUUCUUUUUGUGAGUCGAGCGGCGAUGUCAGCGCGAAAGCAGCAGGGUGUUCAUGACGAUUUUUUCUCUGAAGCGAGUAAGAGGACUUUCAGCGCUGCGAACCAGAUAUCUGAGCUCCUUCGUGAAGCCGAACAGUCGCGAUGCUUUGUUUCGGCACCCUUUGCUGGAUACUGUGCCUUUUCCUCGACAACAGUCCACAUAUUGGGCGUCAUAUCUGGAAAUCCCAACAUGAAGCCAACAGCCGAAGCCAAUUUGACCACCAACGUCAAGUAUCUUCACAAGAUGAAGAAGUACUGGGGUAUGUUUCACUGGAUGGUGGAGAAUGUGCGCACUCAGUAUCGAAAUGCCUUGGAUGCCAUGAGAGCUGGUGCAAAUCUGCAAGACCGUGCUGCACAAUCGUCUUUUCUUCAAUACGGAGACUGGUUUAAUCGGUACCCGCAUGGUCUCUCUGAUGCCGAAUUCAUGGACCCUGCCACCCACAAACGGAAGGACUCAGGAGCAGAUGGCGUUCUCGAAGCGAAGCCCGAGCUACAAUCGGUGGAAGAAUACUUCUCCACGCUUCCAACACCACAGAGUGUCGAACAUAAGGAUACCAUUCGCGCCGCGGGACCUAAAAGGAAGCAGAGCGCCAAGAAACAAGCUGGCUUGCCGACACAGUCCGGCCAGCAUCUCGAAUCUAUACAAGGGACAGACGCAGACUCGGUCUCUGGGGCUCAAGAACGUAGGUUUUCGGGUGGGCUGGGGCUGCCAUCCAACGGUGGCUUCAACCCUCUCGCAGUAUCAACCCCCCAGAACCCAGCUUUCAGCACAGCUAUGUCACCUAUGAGUCCGGCCAACAUGACGGCAUUCUCCCAUCAUGCUCACACUCCCACAUUCUUCCCUCCUGAGUUGCUAGCCAUGAACUUUGGACAGGGCGCCAAUGGGAACAUUGACCCGCUUGAUCGUCAGCUUGUUUUUGGGGGAUACUCUUUGGACGCGACUACAGGUUUGGGUGGUGGUCAGGAUAUAAUGAGUGGUCUUGACUGGGACGCUGUUGCUUCAGGAGCCCAUCCAGAUGGAGGCUUACAAGGCCGGCGGUCUACUGCUAAGGCGGGCAUGAAUGGGCAAGCAGCCGGUAUGGCUGAUGGAGCAGGACUUAGUGGACCGGAAGCUUCGUCCGCAUGGUUCAUGCCAUUCAACAUGGAGCCUCCAGAAAUGGGCCAAGAUCCCGGCUUCAACAUGGGUGGAAUUGACCCAUUUACGGGAGUGUUUGGGGGAGGGGGUAGUGGUUUGGCAACGCCGAAUGCACUGGGUGGGCUACAGCAACAGGGUCCUUAG